UUUCUCCAUUUUAUGCAGGUUCGUGAGUGAAAAUGACCUCGAAAUCAGUGCGAAUGUUCGUCGGGAAUAUUCCUUGGACGGUUUGUCAUAAUAAACAUCCAAACGGCAUCGAAGACUGUUUGAAGUGGAAGUGCUUUACUGCCGUGAACACCCAAAAAAUGGGUAUCUACGUGUUACUCGAAGCAAUAGUGCUAAUACUGAACGGAAUAGCAGUGCUAAAUGAAGAGCGAUUCCUGUCGAAAUUGGGUUAUCUGCAGGCACCCAGUCAAGGGUUUGGAGACGAACCUGGAAUCAAAGGCCAAGUGCUCAACCUGAUACGUUCCAUUCGCACAGUUCAUGGUGAAAUCAUGGACAGUGAUACGGAUGUAAAUGAUGCUUUCGAUUCAAUAGUUCUGACGGAAGAUCGUGCUGCGGAACGCGGGUAUAAAACUGGUUACGUAGACGGCAAAGAAGCAGGCGAAGAAGAAGGCUUGAACUUCGGGUUUCGGAAAGGCUUCGAACUUGGGUUGGAACUCGGUCGCUUGUACGCCAGAGCAGAAACUAUUCACCUGAAAGAGUCCUCCACUUCGAAGGAUAAAACUAUUUCAAAUUUACUGAUGGAAAUGAUCGAUUCGGUGCCGAAGAAUGACCUGCAUAAAGCCGAUUUACCUGAGAUUUUGAAUAAAAUCCGAGCGAAAGAGAAGGUGUUCGCCGCCACUUGCGAAAAAGGAACCAAGUUGCCGAGCCAAACCGAAGCCGAUUUGUCGUUUUGA